AUGGAGGGGAGUCAGCAGUUUGCCCUACUUUGCUUCCUGCCUGGGGCUCCACACUGUCUGGACAGCCUGGAGUACACCUCAGGACAGGCUCGACCCACCAGGCUCUGCAUUCCUCAGGGCAAGAACAAGCUGCACAGAAUGGCCCAGAGCAGGUCAGACAUGAAACACCGCAGGCAGAUGGCGCUGGCUCCAGAGGGCACUCUAGAGGCAGCUGUAGUUAACGGUGGUCAUUGCUGGCUGGCAGGACUGCCUUGGAGCCAACAUAAGGGACAUGACAUCAAAUCAUUCAGCCAGGAAUGGAGGCAGAAAGAGCCCCAGGGUUCCCAGGAAGCAGAUGAUAAUAAAGAGCCAGAGGAAGAUCCUGUCGAUGACCAUGGCAACACACUUCCAGUCUUCUCUCACCUGCGGGAGAAAUGGGCUCACAGUGACAGAGGCCAGGCCUCAAGAAGUGUUCCUCUCAUGCUCAGCCCCUGUAGGGACAACCACAGGGAUUACAUCUCCCUGAAUGAGGACCUGCGCUCUUGGACCUCCUGGGACAAGGCUGCUCAGAUCACCCAGCGCAAAUGGGAGGAUUCAGGAGAUGCAGAGCACUACAGGGCCUACCUGCAGGAGGAGUGCCUGGAGUGGCUCCGCAGAUUCCUGGAGAAAGGGAAGGACAAGUUGCUGCACACAGAGUCUCCAAAGACACAUGUGACCCGUCACUUAAGCCCUGAAGGAGAUGUCACCCUGAGGUGCUGGGCCUUGGGCUUCUACCCUAAGGAGAUCACCCUGACCUGGCAGAGAGAUGGGGAGGACCAGAUUCAGAACAUGGAGCUUGUGGAGACCAGGCCUGCAGGGGAUGGAAACUUCCAGAAGUGGGCAGCUGUGGUGGUGCCUGCUGGGGAGGAGCAGAAAUACACAUGCCAUGUGCAUCAUGAGGGGCUGCCUGAACCCCUCACCCUGAGAUGGGAGUUAUCUCGUCAGCACACCUUCUCUAUGAUUGGAAUUCUUCCUGGCCUCCUUCUCUUUGGAGUUGGGUUUGCUAGUGUGAAGUGGAACUGGCUGAUAAAAAUGAGAGCUCUGCUUCUGCCCCAGAAAUUCCUUCACAGCCAAAGAAAUGUGACCACAGCUGGAACUUCUUCGGAAUCUCUGCUCCUACCACCUUCUCCCUCCUCCUGAGGUACCUGGAUUGAUGAGGGGUGCUAUGGCCUUUUGAAGACUCCAUGACAGUGGCAACUACAUGGAGACACCUUGCAGCUGGGUCAAGGUCCCUCAGGAGGCUGCACAUGCUCUGAACUAGUGUCUGACAGGUGGUACUGUUUUCCCAACAGCCAGGAUUCAUCGGUACAGGAAUCAAGAAAUGGGAAUGGGAGUGGCAACUCUCACUAUGGCCCCUAGUGACCCACUAUGUGCUUCCUGUUCCAAGACCUUAUGCCCUGCUGGCCUGGAGAUCUUAGUUUCACAGAAGAAAUGCUUCCAUCAAGAGACAACAAUGAGUUCACUGAAUUGGAAAGGACAACUGUCACUGGCCAUGUUGGGCUCUUCUUGCUUUGAGUCAAGAGCCCAAGAGUGGAGUUAGCUGGUGGGCCUGAGUGGUGGAUCCUGGAAGCCAGGGGGACAUGGGACAGCUGCUCCCCAGGAAGGAGGGAAGAGAAUGUCUGGAAUACAGGAGUCCCUUAGGGUGCCUCUUAGUGUUAUAUUCCCUGUGAUUAAUGUCCAUGGGAAACUACAUCAACCUAACCCAGGCAGGAGUAAGAGUGGCCAAGACCCUUCAGGAAUGAAGGUUGGCAUCACCACAGCAGGAGAAAUGCCACAGGCAGCUGAACUACUUGCUGAAUUGAAGGGAAUAUGGAAUGGGAGGUGGAAGAAGAUAGUUAUGAGUACCAGCAGCAACACAUGACCAUUUUCAGAGGAGAGGACUGUAAUUUUCAUUUGCAUAUCUUCUUUAUUGUAUUAUGAAUAUGUUUGUGGUAUGUAUUUAUUAAUCAAAUAUACUUAUUUUCUUGAA